CACUAACCGACACUGUGGCUUUAGCCUGUGACUCAUAAGGGGGUUAAAAGGUGAAACAGGAAAUAGAAGCAGAAGGGCACAGAAGAAGCUGACAGAAACUCUGAAGCUGUUCUCAAGAAUUUUUAACACAAGAAAAUACAUAUUUAAGAGCUGCAAUGUUUUUGAGAGACUUUAUUUUCUUCUUAUACGCAAUCAACAAGAAUUUUGACCUGAUUGAGGAAAAUGACACAGGCAUACCAUCACAAUAUAACCUUAAAAAAGGAGACCUUCUUAUGAGGGAAACAAUUUUUGGACUUUAUCACGCUGGGGUUUAUGAUGGAAAACAUGUCAUUGAGUUCACAGCUCCUCUGAGCCUAUCAUCGGGUUAUCAUUUCACACUUAUUUCAUCAAGCCAUCUGCCUGGCGUAGCGAGCAUAAAGAGUUUGAAGGGCUUCAUUGCAAAAAAGCCGUACUCUGUCCACCGUCCAAAGAAGGCUAUUCCUGGGAAUUUCUCUGACAUGGUUGAAGAAGCUUUGGAUUAUGAUGAGAAUUAUAAUUUUUUUACAAAUAACUGUCUGCAUUUUGCACUCGACCUCCUGGGGCUGAAACCAGCACGUUUUCCAGAAAGCUUGUGUUUGGAGGUAUAUGAAGAUCUUUUAAAUGGAGACAUCAAGAAGGAGGGUCUGGAAGAAAAAGAUGCCUGCUUAGCCAUUGGAAACAAGUUGGAAGGAUGGAAAUAUGGUGCACUGCCUGAGAAACAAAUCAAGUUUUAUUUAAAACAGAUCCAACAUGCACAUUCUUAUUUUAAGCCUUAUCUGUGAAACCGGGGGUAAAAGCUUUAACCUAAAAUCAGCCCUUCUUGUCCUUGUUUCAACAAUGCAUCAUCUGCUGGGUAAAACAGACCUGAUGGUCUUAAUGUAGCUUUCUUUCCCUAUCAUUUGUUGAAGUUUUUGCUGCUUUUUUUGCACAACGACAUGCAUGCUAAAGGUUCAAAAAGGUUGACAUUUAUCGGGCAACAAUUAAAAAUCUGGUUUCAAAUUCAUCAAUAUUUAGGCAUUAACAUGUUGCAUGACGGAACAAUUUCAUGUUCAAUAAAAUGUACAAAAUUA